UAAUCAGCUGUUAAUUGCAAUGCCAACGAGUAGUUUAAUAUUGUUUAGUUUUUACUAUAAUUGCAUAUUUUCUUAUUACUUUCAAUCAAUUCGUUGCAUAAUUAGCUAAGACUUUAUUUACAGUGCGUUUGUAAAUAAUUUAAGAAUGGCGCGAUGUCCCGUGUCAUCUGUCAGUGUUAUUCAUUCAUCCAUUGUAGUUCAGAAAAAAAUGUGACUUGUUUGAUAGACUCUUUUUCGUCAACUAUUUGUGUUAAAUGAAUAUUAUGUACAAUUUUCGUUACACACUUACUUAUCGUUUAAUGAAAUUUUUAGUUACCAUAGUAAAUUACAAAGACGCGUAUAUGAGAUCGUAGCACAGUGGCCUAACAAAAUUUAUUCACAAAGGAGUCGCGCGGCGUCGGCGGUUUCGGUUCUUUUAUUGGACAUCGAAGUGGCGGUUCGUCGCGGUCUGCGUUUCGAUAGAGUCGUUGCGCGAGUGGAGAGUAAAAGGAGCGAAAAUGUCGGGUCGCGUCCGGAAACAGUCUGAGUGUCCGGUGGGCAAGCAGGGUCCGAUGAGGGCGACCCUGCCGGUCUCGUCGGUCAUGAAGCAGAGCGGCGGGCUUAAGAAGAACGCCGCCAACAGCCCCACGCUGUCCCCCACCAAUAUAUGGCGGAGGAUAUCUCCAGACCACGCUCUGUCCGGCCAGAGGAGUCCUGGAGCUGGUACUUACAAGGGCAAAGGGAGGUUUGGAUCGAACAAUAUCAGAAGGACAGCCUCCCUAGACACAUUAUAUCAUAAAGGACAGUGGUCACGAGAUUACUACCUCCACGCGGGACAGUUACAAGUUGAUAAAUCUACACAAACUGAUGAAGGAGGUGGAAUUUCUGGACGAUCAUCUCGUGGCUGCGAAGAUGACAAGCUGGAUAGAUUCCUCAGGAAUAGACUUCCAAGACCCCAUAAAUUAACUGCAUCUGGAGAUUAUUCACACACUAUGAGUCCUGGUUUUUGGUCCCGUUUUGGCAGUGGCGGUGUACCAUUAAGAGCGGCUCGGUCAUCUGUGGAGGGCCUAAAUCAAGAGAUAGAGAAGCUCGUGCUGUGCCCAGCGAGUGGCACCCAAACGCCGUAUCUAGACCGAAUACGCGACAAGGUGACUCCGGAAGGUCAUCGGGCUCCACUAGCUGAGCUGCUGCGGCGCUCGGUCAACACGCAGACACCUCAUGAUCUUUGUCACACUGCACACUCAUCAGGCGGCAGUGUUUGUUCUUCUCCGGACUUGGAUGGCUCAAAGCUCGGUACUUCCCCUCAGAUCAACCGGUUUCUGGCCAGGGAACCCCCUGAUGGUUGUGAAAAGGUGAACCUAAAAGCCGGCGAGGGAGCAUACACGGAGCCGAUAUCGAUGAUGAAGCCGACCGUUCCGGGCUUCACGCUGCGGCCUUCGCUCGGCUCCGCCUUCCAGCCGCUGCAGCCGGCUACGCCGCCCGCGAGCACACCGCCCGCGACCACGCCCCCCGUGACCACGAUGCCGGCGCCCACGCCCCACUGACUCCACGCCCACGAGCUCCGCGAGGUCGACACGCGCAUCACGCGCCUGCGGCCCGCCCAGCGCAAUCUCACCGUCAGAUUGUUCAAAUGUCUGUUUUGUUGCACGCAGCAGAGCUGUUAAGCUUGUAAUUUUGAUUGCCGAUUCGCCGAUGACUCGUGCUCGGCUUCUGAGUUCUAUUGACGGGAGUUUAUUAUUCACCACAGCAAACUACGAAAUAUUGACCAAUCAACAACAUCGCUAAAAAAAUAAACAGUUUUCAAUAAAUCUCAGAACCUGUGCAUAAAUCAUUCUAGCACUUCUCUAUCUCACUCUAUCGCAUCGUGGAAGGAAUCAAAAUUGACGUGUAACCGGACAUUCAUCGUACGGAGCUCGGAUCAUUCAUAAUUUUAUGGACUCAUCACACCAAUAGGUAUAAAAUUACAGUUUUUGCCGUGAUUAAUAUGGACUUGGAUGAAUAGUGUUAAGAAAAUAUUGCAUACAGAUACUUUAAAUAAUCGUUUAAAAUCUAGCACAGAACAAUAAGAACUUGUAGUUAUUGUGAGAGUUUAUAUUGGGCGCAUUCGAGUGUUUCUUAUGAAUGUGCAAUAUAAUCUCUUUGCAAUCUAAUCUUUUAAAAAAAUAUAAACAAAACCAGUUGGUGACAAUUUUAAGAUAAAAUGAAAUUUAUUUCUACCUUUAAAAUUGUUUACUGUGGUUUUGUUGAUCUAGUAACUCAGUGAUUGACACAUAAACAUAAUCUACAAGAACAAUUUGUAAUUGAGAAUGUAAUUGCUUACAAUAAAGCAUUUCUUUUUGUUAAUCCCGGCAAUUCUUAUAAUUUUUUUUGUCAUUCCAAUUUUUAUUGAUUCCUUUUUCGGUUUUUCCUUCUUAAUAGACCCUUGUCCUUUGCUUUUCUUUCUUUUAUGGCUUACUCUUUGCCCAACUUUAUUCAACAUUUUCAUUUUCCUCUAUUGUAAUCUAAUGUAAUGUAUCAUUAAGUUUAGAAUGUAUGUUUAAUUGAUUAGUUUCUUAGUAUUCAUGUCCAUGUUUUUAUGUAAUGUCGCUUUAUUUCUUAUUUUAAGAUUAGAAUGUGGUCAGUGAAAAAAGAAAAGGUAAAUCUGUAAAAUUUUGUUCUUAAAAUUCAACAAAAGUUGCUGCUCUCAUUUUCAUGUUUCAAAAAAUAUUUAUAUUUUUUAAAAUCUGUAAUGUAGUGACAAUAAUUGUAUAAUGGCGAUACUCAAUCAAGUAUUAGAAAUACUUUUUUUUACAUUUCACUUGAAAAUUUUUUUGCUGAAUUUACUAUAAAGAUAAAUCGUUCUUUAAAUACAAGAGGGUAAUAUAAAAUAUUUUCUAUGUACUAUCAGAGAAGUUGAUU